AUGUGGGCGCCUGGCGGCCCGCCGGGGCCCGCGGGCUGGGACCGCCGCAGGGUGGGCGCCCGGCUGCUCGCGGCCUUCGCGGGGCUGCAGGAGCUGCAAGGGCUGCGCGCCAGGCAGCAGGCGCGCGUGCGGGGCGCUCUGGCCAUGCAGCCCCCACCCGCGCCCGCCGCCCCCCGCGGGCCCCGCGCCCACGAGCUGCGGCUGGAGGCGGCGCUGGCGGCGCUGCAGGAGCAACUGAGCCAGUUAAGAUGCCAGGAUGUCGGCCUGAAAACCCACUUGGACCAACUGGACCAGCAGAUCAGUGAGCUGCAGCUGGGCGUGCGCAGGACAUCCACCGAGGGCCAGGACAACGACAGCCGGCCCAGUUCAGGCUUCUACGAGCUGAGUGAUGGCGGCUCCUGCUCCCUGUCCACCUCCCGCACCUCCAUGUGCAGUGACCACCUGUCCUCCUCCCUGGGCACUUUGCUGCCCGCCACCCCCAUGGCCAGGACCGGGGCAGGGGACUGCCGGCCCUGGUCAGCCGAUGAAACCACCAUGUGUGGGGCCCCCCUGUCCACGUGGGGACUCCAGGCUACUGAGGACGGUGCAGGCCAGACCCUACAGAGCAUGUCCCGCCCCAGACCGGUGUCCACAGGUGCUCUUGAAAGAGUCCUGCCGGCUCAGCUGGGGCUGCCAACAGCCAGUCCAGACACCACGUCCCUUCUCCGCCACGGGCCGGGCCUCCUGCCCCACCCGCUGGACCCCAAGUACCAGCGUGACCUGGUGUCCAGGGGGGGCAGGGAGGUGUACCUGUACCCCAGCCCCCUGCACGCCGUGGCUCUGCAGAGCCCCCUCUUUGCCCUGACCAAGGAGACGCCACCAAGCGACCGCACCCCACCGCCCCGUACGGAGUCCCUUCCUGGCCCCUCAGGCUCAAUCUGGAGAGGACCAACCCCUGAGGCCGGCCCGCCCCGAGCCUAUAUAGACAGGCUGCUUGGACUGCGGAGCCAAAGAAACCCCCCAAAAGGCAUUAUGGGGGAGCAGGGACCCCCUGGAUGUGAAGUGUCCCCACCCCAGAGAAUGGAAGCUGAAAGUCACCCAGAGGGGCUGACCUGCACCACAAGAAGAACACACACAGGAGGUGGGGCUCAGAGGAGGGACCCAGGUGGGAACAGCCUUGAGCAGUGGGGACCUGCACCCCUUAUGAGCCCCCCGCACCUCAGCAGCCUUGCAGAGGAGGGACAGAAACCCUCCAGUAGCCGUGCCUGUGUGGGGACCAUUCUGGGCUCCCCAUGGCAGGUGUUUGGGUCCCAGGCUCAGCAGGCCACUCCCGACAGCUGGGAGGGCAAAGCCAGGUCACCGGCCAGGACGGGCCCCGGGCCCCAUGACCACCCCCCCUCGGUCACCAAUGGGGCUGCCCCAGUGGGACUGCAAAUGGGCCAGAAAGUCGGCCGUCCUGCGACAAAGGCCGUGAAGACCAGGAGGGAGACCAGUGACAAGGCCCUAAGGUCGGGGAGGCAGCCGCCACCCUGGGGCGCCCUCAUAGCACCCCACCUGCCGCCUGCAUGGGGCGCUGGACUCAGGAGGAGGCCCCCGCAGGCCAGGGAGGCUCCCAGUCGGUCCUGCUCCGAGUCCAGCCUCUACCCCGUGCCCUUCCUCGUCCCCCUGCUGGUGGCCCGCCGGGAAGGCCGUGGGGCACCUGCGCAGGCCUGGCUCCCCGUGGAAGCAGCCCCCGCAGGGGAGGCGGGGAGGAGGCAGCGCCGGUGGCAGUCUUCUGUGGAGAUCUCAGCCCGGGGCCGCCUGGCUGGGGCCCAGGGCCCGGGUCUGGGGCCCCCAAGGCCAGCAACACGGAGAGGGGGUGCCCCGCGGCCUGCGUGCCCCCGGGCCAGGGCCAGGCUUUCCUGCCUGGGCCCCCAGGCCAGAAGCGAGUCAGGGGGCUCCGAGCACUCGGCCGAGGGCGCCCCCCUGUUCCACUCCACCAUCGCUGAGACCAGCGAGGACGAGGCCAGUGACCACACCGCCAACCGCUUCGGGGACAGGGAGUCCAGCGGCAGUGACAAGGAGGGCAGUGUCCAGGGCGCAGGGAGCCACCCGGCCUGGCCUGGGGCGCCCGCCGGCUCCCGGCCGCCCCUGCCCCCGGCGCCCAGACUGUGCCGAGUCAAAGCCUCCAGGGCCCUGAAGAAGAGGAUCCGCCGCUUCCAGCCGGCCGCCCUGAAGGUCAUGACCCUGGUGUGAGCUGCAGGGCACUGGCUCGGCCCCAGGCCAGGCACAGUGACUGGCCCACG